AUGCCCAUCAUACACAUCUUCGCCAUCAAUUACACUGGACCCAAGGACCCCAAACUGUACCAGGUGCCCGUGUACAAGAAGCCGAACCGCACCGACCUGACGUUCGUGACGCCGCUGUGGCUGCCAAGCGGCAGGGCCAACCCCGACCACUGGACGCUGCGCGGCGUGGCGUUGCUCUGCGACAUCUCGUAG